UGUAGCUACUAGAUAACUUAUUCAUAAAAAAAUAAAAAUAAAAAUAAAAAUAAAAAUAGCUGCUAGGUAACGACGGUUCUGAAGGGCAAGGCUCUUCCAAGUUCCACCUCUUUCUUCCGCAAAUCACAAUUUGCCGCUUACUUCCCUUUUUGCCCCUACCCGUGUCCUCUGUUACACACUCUCUCUCUCUCUCUCUGUACCUUUACCUUCUCCUCACAAACGCACUCAUGUUGGUUGCUUUAGCUUAACUUUCAUUCUCUCAGACCAACAUCAAAGCCAUUUUCUCGGGGAACAUGGCUUCCAUCACUUCCGACGAACUCAACUAUCUCGUGUUUCGGUACCUUCAAGAAUCAGGUUUCACACAUUCUGCUUUUGUGUUUGGGAAUGAGGGUGGCAUUAAAAAAUCCCCCAUUGAUGGAAAUUUAGUACCACCAGGUGCUCUUGUCACAUUUGUUCAGAGGGGGCUACAGUUCUUGGAGAUGGAAGCUAACUUGAGUAAUUGUGAUGCAGACUUUGAUGAAGAUUUUUCAUUUUUACAACCUUUGGAUCUUAUCACAAAAGAUGUGCAUGAACUUAAGAAAAUGAUAACUGAAAGAAAAAGAAAACUACAGAAGGGAAAAAAUAAGGAAUCUGAAAAAGAGCAUGAAGGUGACCGCGAACGGGUAAGAGAAAAGGAAAAACAUGAAAGGGAGAAAGAAUGUGAAAAGGAUAAAGAGAAGGUAGAAAAUCAUAAAGAGCAAGAUCUGCAUAAUGAAAUUCAGAUCAAUAGGGAAAUGGUCUCAGAUCAAGAAGAUAAGGUUAAUGUAAAACAAGAUGUGAAUGUAGUGAACGGAGCAUUCGGAGGACCAGAGCCCAUGGACAUCUGUACAACAUCAACGUCUCAGCCAUGUGAAAUUCCUAGGUCAGAUGUGACAAUUUUGGAAGGGCAUACUUCAGAGGUCUGUGCUUGUGCAUGGAGUCCUACAGGAUCCCUUCUUGCAUCAGGGUCUGGGGAUUCAACAGCUCGUAUUUGGACAAUAGCUGAAGGGAGAUGUAAAUCAGAUUCCAAGAAUGACCCUUUGAAUGUGUUGGUGUUGCAGCACAUUAGGGGUACAACCAAUGAAAAGAGUAAAGAUGUCACUACACUGGAUUGGAAUGGGGAGGGGACGCUACUUGCAACGGGUUCGUAUGAUGGUCAAGCAAGAAUUUGGACCACUAAUGGUGAACUGAAGAGUACAUUAAGCAAACACAAAGGACCCAUAUUUUCUUUGAAGUGGAAUAAGAAAGGAGAUUAUAUUCUUACUGGAAGUUGCGAUGAAACUGCAAUUGUAUGGGAUGUUCAAGCAGAGAAAUGGAAACAACAAUUUGAAUUUCAUUCAGGGCCAACCCUUGAUGUUGAUUGGCGCAAUAACGUGUCAUUUGCAACGAGCUCCACCGACACCAUGAUACAUGUUUGCAAGAUUGGUGAUAACCACCCAAUAAAAACUUUUGCUGGGCACCAGAGUGAAGUAAAUUGUAUCAAAUGGGAUCCCACAGGUUCACUACUGGCCUCAUGUUCAGACGACACCACUGCAAAGAUAUGGAGUAUGAAGCAAGACAAGUAUAUUCAUGAUUUUAAAGAGCAUUCCAAGGAGAUAUAUACUAUCAGAUGGAGCCCAACUGGUCCUGGUACGAACAACCCUAAUAAAAAGUUGGUGCUGGCUAGUGCAUCAUUUGACUCUACUGUAAAGCUAUGGGAUGUGGAACUCGGGAAACUAAUCUAUAGCCUGAAUGGACACAGGGAUGGUGUAUAUUCCGUUGCAUUCAGUCCCAAUGGCGAGUAUUUAGCCAGUGGGUCCCCUGACAAAUCCAUACAUAUAUGGUCCUUGAAGGAAGGCAAGAUAGUUAAAACAUAUACUGGCAAUGGAGGCAUUUUUGAGGUCUGUUGGAAUAAAGAGGGUGACAAGAUCGCUGCCUGUUUUGCCAAUAAUACAGUUUGCAUUUUGGAUUUCAGAAUGUAAGAACCUGAGAAGCACCAACUUACUUUCGGCUAGUUGCUCAAAUUAUUUAUUUUCCCUCUUUGAUGAGAUCGACGGAACUGUAUUUUGUCUUGGUAGGUCUCCUAUUUUAACCUAUAGUCGUAACACCGGUUCAUGGUUCUUAAUGUAAUAUUGUGUUAUAAUCACUAGUACCUAGUAAGAGUGUAUUCUUUUAACUUAAAAAUGUAAUUAUUGAACCGGUGUUUGUAUAAUUACAACCAUGCCAAUCUUUGCAUCGUCUACCCCAAGUUAUUUUCUUCUCU